AUGGGUGAUUCGUCCAAAGCAGGGACUUUAUCAAAGUUGGGAAAGUUGUUUGGUAAGUCUUCUACCAAUUUAGCCACGAUUAAGCAGCAACCACAUCAAGAUGAACCACAACCGGGUAAGCUGAAGAGUCCGGAUUUGCCACCCCCUGCUGCGCCCGCCGCCCCUUCGUCAUCCACAUCCACGUCCUCGUCAUCCACAUCCACGUCCUCGUCUGCAUCUUCAUCACAACCACAACCACAUCCGAAACGAGAUAGAAGCCAAUCGAAAUCAACAGUCGCCACUGUCAAGACAAACGUGUCGACGAUACCAGAAGAUGCCAACACUCACGACGAGGACUAUCUACUAUCGCAAGUGGAAAACGAUGAAGUGACCCCACUAAGACAGAUUAAACAACCACAGCCCCAACUGGUCAACACUGCUGCCUCGUACCAGAGCUUAAAUAAUGCCGCAGCAGCAACGCCUCAAGCGUCGGCAAAUUCGUCUCCAAAAUUAACCACUACUAGAUCCCCAUCUCCUGUGAAUAACAUUAGUAAUAACCAUACCAAUAACGUGUCAACAACAACAUCCCCCAUGCUGGUGAAUUCCCUAGAUCAAAGAAAGCAAACAUUGGCCAGUGGCACUACUUUUGUACCAGCAAAUGGCUCAAGACACGCCUCUGUGGAGAAGAUCCCCCAGUUACCCACUACAGCUCCAGCUCCCACUUCGGUUCCACAACCCACCUCGAACCGAACUUCACCAAGCGUGUCGCGUUCGUCAUCACGAAAAGUGGUUCAGCAACUCAAGGCAACGUCUUCAAACUCGAUUGCCUCGGCCAAACAAAAGAAUGAAUCUGCUGCAUCAUUGGUCAGCGGCACAUCAUCACAGCCCGUGUCGUCUACAACAACAGCAACAACGGCAAUGCUACCUCGAUUCGUCAUGCUAGAAGAUGGCAGCCAUGAACACCAUUUGAAAUCAGCUAAACGACACGAAAAAUUGUCCAAUAUGUUGAAGGAUCUACUAGGGGCUAAGAAAUUGAGAGACGAAGCUAAAAGUGCCGUGCCUGAUAUCUUACAAGGGGCAAUGCAACAGAGCACAUCUCAGUUACAUCAGCAACAACAACAGCAGCAGCAACAGCAACUGCUGCAAUUGCCAGACGCUAGCCAUCCGCCGACUUUGUUCUCCGGUUUAGUCAGCCAAGUGAAGAACCACACUAGUCCCUACCACCAACCAGGAACAGCUGACAUUGUCACUAACCACAAGGACCCAAAUGCCCCCACUGGACCAGAUUGCCGUUCGUUUGUUGAAAAAUACGGCAGGUGUCAAGAAGUCAUUGGCCGCGGCUCAUUUGGUGUGGUUAGAAUAUCGCACAAGAAAAUCGAUGCUCCUGCAACAACAUCGUCGUCAACAUCUUCACCAACGGAGUCGUCUCCCACUGUGACUUCAAACGGUACGCUGGAAAAAUUGUAUGCAGUCAAGGAAUUCAAGAGGAAACCAUCAGAGAAUGAAAAAAAAUACAACAGGCGAUUGACUUCGGAAUUCUGCAUUUCGUCGUCGUUGAAACAUCUCAAUAUCAUCGACACUUUGGAUCUUUUGAAGGAUGCCAAAGGUGACUACUGCGAAGUUAUGGAGUUUUGUUCUGGUGGUGACUUGUACACCCUCAUCAUUGCUCUGGGUAAACUCGAGUACGCCGAGGCAGAUUGCUUCUUCAAGCAGUUGAUUCGCGGAGUCAACUACAUGCAUAAUAUGGGCGUGGCACAUCGAGAUUUGAAGCCGGAAAACCUUUUGCUUACUCAAAACGGGGUGCUCAAAAUUACUGAUUUUGGUAAUUCCGAGUGUUUCAAAAUGGCCUGGGAAAACGAAAUCCAAUUCAGUGAAGGGGUUUGUGGCUCAUCACCUUAUAUUGCCCCUGAAGAGUAUAACCAAGAAACAUUUGAUCCUCGAUGUGUGGACAUUUGGUCGUGCGGUGUGAUUUACAUGGCCAUGAGAACUGGUCGACAAUUGUGGAAACUCGCCGAUGCCACCAAGGAUGAGUUUUUCGAAGAAUAUCUCGCCAAGAGGAAAGAUGCCUCUGGCUACGAGCCCAUUGAGAAUUUGAAAAGAGCCAGAUGCAGAAAUGUCAUUUAUUCGAUAUUGGAUCCUAAGCCCGAGAGAAGAAUCACCAGUAAGCAGAUUUUGAAUAGUGAAUGGGGCAGAGAGAUUAAGGUGUGUGAAGCUGGCGAAGGGCAUCUUGCGAGUUGUUGCUGA